AUGCCCAGUUCUCCUGGAUGCCCCAUGUCUGGUUCCUCCUGGCAUCCUUGUAACUCGGGGUGUUCCCACCUCCCCCAUUCCCUGCCUCCACGACCGUCGUGCCCGCUCAGUCUCAGAUCCCAGUGCCCCCUGUACCCCCGUUCCCGGGCUCCUGCUCUUCUGCAACCAGGUCUUCCCGCCUCCCCCAUUCCCGAUGCUCCCAGGACCCCCGCAUCCAGGUUCCUCCCAGCUCCUCCGUGCCUGGUCUCCCGACUCCUCCUCCCCAAUGCUCCCAAGGACUCCCAUUCCCGGUUCUUCCCUUACCUAUGUCCUGUACUCCCGGAUCCCCCAUCCCCAGUUCCUCCUGGCAUCCUCGGCUCCCUGCUCCCUUCAUUCCCGAUGCUCCCGGGGCCCCCAUGCCCGUUUCUCCCGGUUCCGGGCUACCCCGUACCCCAGUGCGCCCUCUCCCCGGACGAGUCCUCCGUGCCCGGCCGGUGCCAGGUGUUGCCCGGUUCCCCGCUCCUCCUCCUCUCCGCCCCGUGCCGUCCCUCCUCCCCCGGGAAAGCGAAAGCGCGGCGGGCGGAAGCCGAGCCCUCCUCGCCGGGCCGGGCCGGGCCGGGGCCGCACCGGGACACCAUGGCUUCCCUCGGCAGCUUCUUGCGACGGAGCCUGCGGCGCGCCGGCCGCAGAGAAGGAAAAAAUGGGGCCUCUGCUGCAGAAAACACCCCCCCACGGGUACCACAGGGGAAGCAGGGGGAGCGGAGCUCUGUCUUCUACUCUGCUGGACAGUUCUUCUUUGAGUACCUGGUGGUGGUGUCACUGAAGAAGAUGCCAGAUGGACAUUAUGAACCCAAAAUAACCUACCAGUUCCCCAAGCGUGAGAACUUGCUGAAGGGCCAGAAGGAGGAGGAGGAACGUCUCCUCCAAGCCAUCCCCCUCUUCUGCUUCCCUGACGGCAACAACUGGGCACCUAUCACCGAGUUCACCAGCGAAACCUUUUCUUUUGUCCUGACAAACGUGGAUGGCAGCAGGAAGAUCGGCUACUGCAGGCGGCUGCUGCCAUCUGGGCGUGGUGUCCGACUCCCUGAGGUUUUCUGCAUCAUCAGCUGCCUGGGCUGCUUUGGGCUCUUCUCCAAGAUCCUGGACGAGGUGGAGAAGAGGCGCCAGAUCUCCAUGGCAGUGAUCUACCCCUUCAUGCAGGGCCUUCGGGAAUCGCCCUUCCCAUCUCCAGGGAAAACUGUCACCAUCAAAAGCUUCAUCCCCGAGUCGGGCACAGAGCUCAUCGAGCUCACACGGCCUGUGGAUGCCCACCUGGAGCACGUGGAGUUCCAGCCUCUGCUCCAGCGACUCAGCCCUCACCUCAUCCUGCACAUCUUCGCCUCCGCCAUGUUGGAGCGACGGCUCAUUUUCCUGGCUGAGGAACUGAGUGUCCUGUCUCAGUGUAUCCACGCCGUGGCUGCUCUCCUGUACCCCUUCACCUGGGCUCACACCUACAUCCCUGUGGUCCCUGAGUGCCUGCUGGACACUGUGUGCUGCCCCACACCCUUCAUGGUUGGCAUCCAGAUGCGGCACCUGGAGCAGGUCCUGGAGCAGCCAAUGGAGGAGGCUCUGAUAGUUGAUCUCUGUGAAGGGAAGAUCAUCCGGGCGGUGGGGGAUGAGGAGGAGAUCCUGCCUGGAAAGCUGCAGAACGAGAUGCUGCUAUCUCUGAACAGGCACAACAACAACAACAACGAGCACACCUCGGAGCAGCUGAAUGCCCUGGUGUCGGAAGCCUUCGUGCACUUCUUUGUGCGGCUGGUCGGGCACUACGGCUCCCACAUCAAGUGGAGCAGGAGCGGCUCCGGCAGCUUCCAGGAGCGAGCCUUCUGCAAGGCCAUCGCCUCCAAGAGCUGCCGCAGAUUCCUGAAAAAGUUUGUGAAGACGAACAUGUUUUCCCUAUUUAUUGAGGAAGCGGAGAAGAGCAGGAUCCCACAGGAAGCAUAUUUCCAGCAGAAGAUAAUAGACUACCAUGAACAGAAGAAGCACAGAAGGGACUCCUGAAGUCCAGCGUGGGAGCAGGGGAACAGGACUGGGAUUGACAAAUCCUUGCCAGCAGCACCAUACUGGACUCUGUUCCUGCCCACCUGGGACUCCUGAGCAGCCUGGGCAGCACUGAGCACCCUUUCUUUCUCAGGGCAUCAUUGCACUGGAAAACUCUUUGCACAGAAGUAGUGCCAGGCUGGGAUUUCUUUCCCGGUCGUGGUCGCUCCAGGGACAGACUGUGACUCCCAGUGCUUGGCCCUGCAUGGUUCUUGUCCCCCCAACACCUCACAGAGAGGGAGGGCAGCCAGGGCUGGCUGCAGGACAACAGGGCUUUAGAGUAAUUAUUAGAAGGGAGGAAAAAAAAGGGAUGAGUAGGAAAUAGCGUUACUUCUCAUUAAAACAAACCAGGGAUUUGUAAAUAAGGAACGUCCCAUUGCACAGUUCCUGAGGUUUUGUUAUUAACAACUGGUUUAUAUUGUUUUAUUGAGCCAUUGUUGAACACCAGCAGGAGUGGGGGCAGGGGGGUGGUGUUAGUGGUUUCCUCUCUCGCAGGUGCUUCAUCACUGGUGCCACAUAGAGCCAAGUUUGGCUUUCUACGGAAACAAAAAUACUCAUUUCCAGCAGGUUAUUUAUUUGUGCUGGAGCAAACUGUGAGGGCCACAUGGCUGUGGGGUGUCAAGGGGAAACAGCUGAUCAACUGCUUCAGGGAGGGAGGAAGAAUUUGUUCCAUCCCAGAGUAAAACGUGUCACCAUCCUCCUUGGGUCUGGUCUUGGUGCCAACUUCUCUUAAAACCUUGCAAUUCCUCUCUGAAAUGUGAGGCCAGCAGCAGAUUAAAGCUAAAUGACAGUUCUCCUUUUGGAGUACACUCACCCAGGACAUAAAUAUUGCAGCAGGGAAGCUGGGCUGGGGCUGCAGAUCUGACUGGUCCCAUCCACAGAAACCCAACCCAGGUACUUCUCCCAGCACAGGCUGGGAAUGAAGGCAGAGCUUUAUUCUUCUCCUCUCUGGGACAUUACAGCGAGGCUGUCACAUCACUUGGUACCCACCAGGCAUCAAAAUAUCAAAAAUAUCCUGGAAUCAUGGAAUCUCAGCCUGUUUUGGGAUGGAAGGGAUGUUCAUGAUCACCUAAUUCCACCCUCUGCCAUGGGCAGGGACACCUUCCACUAGCCCAGGUUGUUCCAAGCCCUGUCCAACCUGGCCUUGGACACUUCCAGGAAUCCAGGGGCAGCCACAGCUUCUCUGCUGUGCCAGGGCCUCCCCACCCUCACAGGGAACAAUUUCUCCCCAAUAUCCCAUCUAACCCUGCCCUCUGCCAGGGGGAAUCCAUUCCCCCUUGUCCUGUCACUCCAGGCCCUUGUCCACAGUCUCUCUGUGUCUUUCUUGUGGUUUCUUCAGGUUCCGAAAGCACACAAUUAGGUCAUCCCAAAGCUUCUCUUCUCCAGACUGAACACCAAUUCUCAGCCUCUCCUCACAGCAGAGCUGCUUCAUCCCUCUGACCACCUUGCUGCCUCCUCCCCUGGCUCCAAAUCCAGUUUAACACAACUUCUGCAGUGCUACUGGAAGCCCCAGUAGGAGAUUUUGCACAAGAACUGAAAUCCACCAGGCUGCCAGUUGGCUUUUAUUCUCAGAGCUGGGCAACAUCCACCCAAACAAGAGAGAUAAAGGAUAUUUAUUUUCGAACCCUUUGUCCAGUGGGACAACCCACCCAGGCACCAAUGUGACAGAAACACAGCUGGACAUAGGGCACAAACAGCAGUGAAAAUCUCCAGCCCUGCUGGAAGAAAAUAGUCAAUUUGUUGUUCAGCCUCCAUGUGUGUUUGGAAGGAGAAUGGGAAUUAUUUGUUAGGAAAAAAAGGGGAUUUUUUGGCACUGGGGGCGUCUUCUCUGGCUCCACAAGAUCCCCCUUCAUGGAUAGAGAGAAUACAGGGUUAACUACAGGAAAUUAAAGGUUAGUGGUAUUUUUCUGGUUUUUUGUUGUUUUUUUUUUUUUUAUCAUAUUUAUUUUUCAAAGUUCAACUGACAGCAGAAAAUGGUGUGGAAAAUCAAGGGCACAUAUCACGAACAAUCUCUUUGGAAACAGCCACUUGCCUCACCCUUCUCCUGCUUGUUCAUUAUGUUGUGAGGAGAUGCCAAACCUUUUGGUUAUGAAGCCAAACACCAUCUCAUUGAGAAAUUGGGAAGCGGUCAUCGUUUUGGGAGUAGUUCUUUUGGAAACAAUUGCAAAUCACCCAAGGGGCUGGACUGUGUGAUUGCUUAAUUCCUCCUGGAGAAAAAACUGACAGAAAGUUAUUCCUCAGCUGCUGAAAACAGACACACAAAAACACAUCCUUAAAUCAAAAAAUAUAUAAAUUUUCAAAUGCAGCCAGUGCUCCAGCUGCCAGGCUAGGGUGAACUUCAGCUUCAAAAGGGCCGGAGCUGCCUUAGAAUCAUCCAGUCCCAGAAUGGUUCAAGUUGGAAGAGAUGUUAAUGAUCACCCAGUCCACCCUCUGCCCUGGGCAGGGACACCUUCCACCAUCCCAGGUUGCUCCAAGCCCCAUUCAGCCUGGCCUUGGACACUUCCAGGGAUCCAGCGGCAGCCACAGCUUCUCUGGGCAAUCUGUGCCAGGGCGUCAGCACCCUCACAGGGAAGAGUUUCUUCCUAACAUCCCAUCUAAAAGUCUCCUAUUUUAGUUUAAAUCCAUUCCUUCCUUGUCAUACCACUGUUUCCUUGUGUAAAAAUUCACUCUUCUUUUUUUAUAGGUA